GGCGCUCAGUACGGCGAGCAGCUACAACGGUGUUUGGUACGCAUUUCGCGCUCUCCCGCCUUAGUAACAAAAAUAACACGCUUCUGUCGUAUAAAAAUACAUAUUUAAGGAUUUAAAAUGACAGAUAAACCGAAAAGACCAAUGUCAGCGUAUUUAUUAUGGUUGAACAGCGCUAGAUCAAAAAUAAAGGAUGACAAUCCAGGAUUAAAAGUAACGGAGAUAGCCAAAAAAGCAGGCGAAAUCUGGAGGUCCAUGUAUGACAAAAGCGAAUGGGAAGAAAAGGCGGCAAAAGCCAAAGAACAAUACAUUGUAGAUUUAGAAUCAUUUAAUGCAAAUGGCGGCGGUCCCGUAGAGAAAAAAAAGAAAACCCAAAAACGCGGGAAGAAAGCGAAACCGGCGCCAAAAACAAAGAAAGUGAAACAGGACGCCGAGGACGAUGAUGAUGAUGACGAUGACAAAGAUGACGAGAACGACAGCGAAUGAUCUCUUUAAAUUUAUAUUUUAGUUUUAAAGUUUUACUAUUUAUCAUUUUAAAUUCUGGACCAUGAAAUUAAUAUUUUUUUCACUCCACUUUUAGGGACUCGAAUUUGCUACCCUUAUGUUUUUUUUCUUUCUGGCUUUUGUUACUUAGAUUUAAAUAAUACACUUUUUUGUUCGAUAACUCAUAAUAAAAUGUGUUUCAAGGAGUAUUUUCUAUAUAUAUUUUCUUUAAUUAUUAAUACAAUUUAGAAGUUUACUUGUAUUUUUAUAAAGGUAUUAUUUUAAUGAAAUUGCAUUUAUUUGACGUAGGUAAGUGUAAGUUUACUAUGCCAAGUGUUUUAUAAAAUUUUAAGUGAAAUAUUUCAUAAAAUAAUGUGAA